AUGACAACCUCCUCCUGCUGCAGUGUGGAAAGCACAGGCUCCAAAGCCAUGGCGAUGAGCGCAAAGAGCAAGCCGAGGGCUGGAGGACGGGGACAGGCAGCGGCGGUGGACCACGGGCAGGCAGCGUGGUGGCCGAAACCGGAAGGAGGACAGACGGACUGGCUUCCUCAGCCCUCCUCGCCGGCCCCAACUGCAUAUUGGCUGCCCGUCUGCCCUACCCUUCCAACCUGCACAGCUUCCCCAGGCUUGCCUACCUGCGCCCCCUUGAGGUUGGUUCAUCUGGCCAUUAUCCACUGUGUCCCAGAUGUGGCUCUCUGCUGCAUUGCUCAGCUGCCCAGAGAGGUGCUGGAGAUCCAAAAUGACCUUUUCCAGACCCCGCUCCACUUAGCCGUGUACCUGGAACAGCCCAGCGUGAUCCAGGCGCUCAUCCACAAGGGAGUCAACCCUGGGCUGCAGGACCGCAACGGCAACACCCCGCUGCACCUGGCCUGCGAGCAGCAGCGGGUGCAAUGCGCCCAGCAGCUGCUGCAGGGCACAGCCCUCCCAGACGACACAGUCGAGCCCAGUGGGCACAAGCAGGACCUGCAGCUCCAGAACUGGCAAGGCCUAGCCUGUCUGCACAUCAGCACCUUGAAGGGGAAUAUCCAAAUGAUGUCUCUACUGCUGCAGAGCGGAGCCAACAUCGAUGUUCGGGAGGGCACGAGUGGGAAGACCCCAUUGCACCUGGCUGUGGAGUGCCGCAACCGCAGAGCUGUCCAGUUCCUGCUGCGCAACGGGGCAUACGUGGACGCCCAGAUGUAUAACGGGUGCACCCCUCUCCACCUGGCCGUGGGCCGGAAGGAUGUUGCCAUCGCCGCCAUACUCUCGCACUCCGGGGCUGACACCCUGCUGAGGAACAUGGAGAACGAGACAGCCCAGGACCUCGCUGAUGGCAACGAUGAUAUCCUCGCCUUGCUGCCCUUCGAUGACCUGAAGAUCUCAGGCAAGCCCGUUGUGUGUUCUGAGUGAGCAGCUGGACAAGUUUGGCCCAGAGGGCCGCCUCCUUGCUCUAUGUUGUUGCCCUGAUGCCCGCUGGGACAUUGUCUGCCUGCAGUUCAGUGGGUACAGAGCCAGUUUGGGAGACGUUAUUCUCCCCUGCCCCCCUUGUAGCAAAACGUUGGUGGCCUUGGGCUGCCUUCCCAAACAGAGGAAGGUGGCACCACGAGCACUACAGAGGGGGAUCUCUUCAUUUAGGAUUUCUACUUGGCAGGGUCUGUGCUGCAGACCAGCAGGACUGAAUUUCCCAUCACUGCCAAGGAUCUGAAUUGUAGGGGUCUCCAGGCUCCAGCUUACCGAGGCAAGGAGCCGGAUGGACUCCUUUUCACACUGUACAGUGGAUGGAGCAUCCUCCAGCACCCCCGAACACUAUCAGAAUAAGUGUGGGGUGAGGAGAGUUAACACUCAAAUAAAUGUUUGUUCUUGCUGCGG